UGGAAGGUAGCGUCGGAAUGACGAAAACCGCCCACACGGGAAGGAAGCGCUGUGAAUUCACGCGGAACGAAUACUCUAUGAAUAUGAAGCUCUGAAGCACAUGAUUCUGCGAAGAAGAAGAAGAUAACAGAAGACAAAUUCAAAUUCAAAUUCAAAUUCAGAAAUCGAUUGAUGGAAACUCACAGUGAGAAUCACAGAGAUCGCAGGCUAGAAGCUCUCGGAGAUCUUCGAGUCCUUCCCGAUGAAAUCCUCUGCGCCAUUCUGGAACGUCUCACUCCACGAGAUGCAGCUCGAAUCGCCUGCGUUAGCAGUGUGAUGUACAUACUGUGCAAUGAAGAACCACUGUGGAUGACUCUGUGUCUAAAAGGAGCUUCUGGUUUGCUUCAAUAUAAAGGCUCUUGGAAGAAAACUGCUCUGCUGCAUAAUGAGAAUCUUCCGGUCGAAGACACCGAGUUCCGUCAACCACAUUUAUAUUUUGAUGGGUUCAACUCUUUAUAUUUGUACAGGAGGUUAUACCGAUGUCAUACCAAAUUGGAUACAUUUGGCAGAGAUGACGGAAAUGUGGAAAGAGUAACAGACAUAUCGUUGACGGAUUUCUAUGACAAAUAUGACGCGAAGAAACCGGUUAUGCUUACUGGAUUGGCUGAUACAUGGCCUGCCAGGCACAAAUGGACAACGGAUCAGCUGUUGCUAAAUUAUGGAGAUGUAGCAUUUAAAAUUUCUCAAAAGAGUUCCCGGAAGAUCACCAUGAAGUUCAAGGAUUAUGUCACAUACAUGAAAGUUCAGCAUGAUGAAGAUCCCUUAUAUAUUUUUGAUGAAAAGCUUGUACAGUUUGGAGAAGUUGCACCUAGCUUAUUGAAGGAUUAUUGCGUGCCUCAUCUUUUCCAAGAAGACUUCUUUGAUAUCUUAGAUACAGAUAAACGACCAUCCUAUAGAUGGCUCAUUAUUGGACCAGAGAGAUCUGGUGCCUCUUGGCAUGUUGAUCCAGCUCUUACCAGUGCAUGGAACACUCUUCUUUCUGGCCGUAAAAGGUGGGCAUUAUAUCCUCCUGGUAAGGUGCCUUUGGGUGUGACAGUGCAUGUUAAUGAAGAAGAUGGUGAUGUCAGUGUUGAGACUCCAUCAUCAGUGCAGUGGUGGCUAGAUUAUUAUCCUCUUCUUGCUGAUGAAGACAAGCCAAUUGAGUGUACACAACUGCCAGGAGAGACAAUUUAUGUUCCAAGUGGAUGGUGGCACUGUGUUCUAAAUUUGGAAACAACUAUUGCAGUCACACAGAAUUUUGUGAAUUCUAAUAACUUCGAGUUUGUGUGUUUGGAUAUGGCACCUGGUUAUCGUCACAAAGGAGUUUGCCGUGUUGGUCUGCUUGCUCUAGAUGAAGAACGUUAUGAAAAUAUCAGGGAGAACAUGUCAUGUAAUGAAGAAAACUUAUGUUACUCUGAUUUGUCAAGAAAAGAGAAAAGAGCCAAAACUCAUAAAGAUGCAGAUGAUUUAUAUUGUGAAAAUGGUGUAUCUAGAAACUAUAAUUUAUGGAAAGAUGGAUUUUCCUAUGAUAUAAAUUUCUUAUCCAUGUUUUUGGAUAAGGAUAGGGACCACUACAGUUCCUUGUGGAGCUCAGGCAACAGCAUUGGGCAACGAGAGUUAAGAGAAUGGCUAUCCAAGCUUUGGAUUAGAAAACCGAAAAUGAGAGAUCUAAUAUGGAAGGGAGCGUGCAUUGUAAUAAAUGCUGACAAGUGGUUAGAUUGCGUAUCAAAAAUUUGUGCCGUCCACAAUUUGCGCCUUCCCACUGAUGAUGAAAGGCUUCCUGUUGGUACGGGUAGCAAUCCUGUUUAUCUGGUCGGAAACUCUGUUGUUAAAAUUUUUGUCGAAGGAGGACUGGAAGCUUCACUUUAUUGUUUAGGCACUGAGCUAGAGUUUUACAGUCUGCUGCAUGAAGCUAACUCCUCUCUGAAGAAACAUAUGCCUAAUGUUUUGGCCAGUGGGAUUGUUUAUCUUGAAGAUGGAUCUUAUACCAAUUUAAAUUGGGAUGGAAAAGGAAUCCCUGAUGUCAUUGCGAAGAGCAAUCUUAUCAGGAAGAAAUGUGACGUUGAUAGUUUCUCAUUUGGAGUAUGGGGAAAGAAGCAGUUAGAGUAUAGGAACGCUGGUAUGCCGGUUGAUGGAUCAGUUAGUUUAGAUGGUGACACAAGCAUAUGGCCAUAUAUGAUAACAAAGCGAUGUGAUGGGAAUAUGUUUGCAGAGUUGAGAGACAGAUUAUCAUGGGAAGAUACAACAAACUUGGCCUCCUUUCUGGGGGAGCAACUGCGCCACCUUCAUCUUUUGCCACAUCCAACAUUAAAUAUUUCAUCUUGCUCUGAUAUUGAACAUGAUAUAAGCUUGCCUGAUGAUAAUAGUUGUGCUGCAACUGUUAAUCGUAAUUCAAACGCUGCAGUAGAAUGGGGAAUCUUCUCCAGAACCUUAACAAAGAAGAGGAACAGUGUCUCAAGCCGCUUGACCAAGUGGGGAGAUCCAAUUCCUAGCAAACUGAUAGAGAAAAUUGAUGAAUAUAUCCCCCAUGAUUUUGCUAAGCUGCUAAAUAUAUCUAAGAGUUUCGCAAGUGCUGCUUUUAAAACUUGCUCCUGGAUACACACUGACAUUAUGGAUGAUAACAUUUACAUGGAACCAUCAUCAGUGUGCUCUACCUCCAAUGGGAGUUCUGAAGAUGCUGCCCUGGUGGACAAUGGGUUGUUGAGUGACCAUGAUGAAGUGAAAUCCUGGCGUCCUAGUUACAUUCUUGAUUUCAGUGAUCUUUCUAUAGGUGAUCCUAUUCUUGACUUGAUACCACCUUAUUUAGAUGUGUUUAGAGGUGAUUCAAAUCUCCUGAAGCGAUUUUUAGAAAGUUACAAACUUCCUUUUCCUAGUAACAUAGGGAAUUCCGAGUCAACAGAUGGUGGUCAAAAGUUUAGCCGACUCUCAUAUAUUGCCAUGUGCUAUUGUAUUUUGCAUGAUGACAAUGUCUUGGGAGCUAUUUUUAGCAUAUGGGAAGAACUGAGAUCAGCAGAAUCAUGGGAAGAAGUUGAGCUGAAAGUUUGGGGGGAGUUGAACAAUUACAAAGGCUUUCCUUGACCAUUCGCGUGUUUGGAUUAUUGACAUUGGACACACAAUUCAAAGCAUGUUAACUCCAAAAGCUAAACUGAGAAUUUUUUUUCCAAAAGUGAUUAUGAGACUUCCAAGCACAUAACUGAAUAUGCUAUAAAUAUUUUUGGAGCUGGACCGCACGCCCCAUUGAUCAUAUACAACUUGUCUAGUAGAAAAAAAAAAAACGGAGUUUAAGAGAUCAAUUUGUUAUAUCCUGUUUUUGUUCCACACAAUGGCAACUCCAGGAUUCAAGCUACAUAGCAGAUAAAGUUUACCUGAGUCACAAUACCACUGGUGGAUAAUUGUUUAUAUCCUGUUUAAUUUAUAAUAAAGUGGCCCUCUCAGUUUACCUGAGUCACAAUACCACUGCUGGAUAAUUGUUCAUAUCCUGUUUAUGCAGUCAUGAAAUCAUUACUUUUUGGUU